UCUCCCCUGCUGUUCCCUCGCAGGGUCAAAGCAAAGAAAGGGGUGAACCUGCUGCAGACCAAGUCAAAGAACGCCCAGUGGAAGGUGGACUGGGAGGUGCAAUCUGGAGCCAAACAUUCCAUCACCACCAUCGAUGUGAGCAAGAACAAAGGCGUGAAGCAAGGCGAUGUGUUGGGGAACAUUGAGGUUAUGCAGUUGGAUUUUGAGAUGGAGAACUUCACCAGCCUCUCCGUGACCAGGAGGAUCAACUGGAACAUCGACUAUAAGGGACAGAACCCGGUGCCCGACUCGGAAAAGGUCGUAACGGAGCUCACAGUGGUUCAGAAAGACAUCCAGGCAAUCCUUCCUCUGGCAAUGGACACGGAGAUCAUCAACACGGCCAUUCUUACCGGACGCACCGUGGCCAUUCCCGUCAAAAUGGUCUCCAUAGAGAUGAGCGGGGCAGUCACGGACGUCUCGACCUUUGUGCAGUGCAAGUCGUCGAAUGAAGACAUUGUAAAGGUUUCUAUGAAUUGUGACUACGUGUUCGUCAACGGCAAGGAGACCCGGGGCUCCAUGAACGCCAGGAUCAUCUUCAGCUACGAGCACCUGAGCGCACCGCUGGAGCUCACCGUCUGGGUGCCCAAGCUUCCCCUGCAGGUGGAGCUCACCGACAGCUCUCUGAGCUUCAUCAAAGGCUGGAGGGUUCCCAUUCUGCCUGACAGGAGGAGCACCAGGGACAGCGAUGCAGAUGACGACGAUGACGACAGGCGAAUGAAUCGCGGCUGCGCCCUCCAGUACCAGCGAGCCAUGGUAAAAGUGCUGACCCAGUUCCACACCACUUCCACAGAGGGCACGGAUCAGGUGAUCACCAUGCUGGGACCCGACUGGCAGGUGGACAUCACGGACCUCGUCCAGGACUCCCUGAAGGUGGUGGACCCAAAGGUCGCGGAGCUGGUGGACAGGACAAUUCUGGUGGGCCUGGAGAUGGGAUCCACCGUGCUGAAGGUGGAGUCUCCACUGGCUGUGGACGCCGUGCUGGGGGAGGCGUCCUUCUCCGUCACGGAUGACAAGGUUUCCAUCACGGAGCUGCGAGUUCACGCCGUGUCGGGUUUGACCCUGUCCCUGCAGCCCAGCGUCGGAAACAGCCACACCAUGGUGGCCAAGGCGUCCGGCAUCCAGACCCUCACUGCUCUAAAACAGGAAGCCAGCUUGUCUGUCUGGAUGCUUUUCAGCGACAACACAGCCGCCCCUCUGACGUACUUUGAUCCAAAAGACUACAACCUCAAUGCCUCUACGCUGGACGACAAAGUGGCGUCGGUGUCCCAAGAGCCGCAGCAACGUUGGCCUGUGGUGGUCGCAGAGGGGGAGGGAUCGGGAGAAAUUGUGCGUGUAGAGAUGACCAUCUGCGAGGCCUGCCAGAAGACCAAACGCAAAAGCGUUAUUGCAUCUGCUGCAGUUCAUGUCAAAGUCCGCUUUGGCCCAGAGGAAGACUCGGAGGAGGAAACCACCACGGAGGGCGAGAUUGAGCUGGCGUCUGUCACCAGGAGGACAGUCAUUGAUCCUAACGUCAGUGGAAGAAUUUAUGAUACCUCUAACGAGCAGCCUGCCAGUGUUCCCGUGGAUUACACUAAUUUUCCCACCAUUAGUAACCAAGAGCAGCCAACUGAGAGUGAUGAAGAGGAAGAGGAUGACUUUGUGCACUCGCCACGAAACAUGACAGACCUUGAGAUUGGCAUGUAUGCUCUGCUUGGUGUGUUCUGCUUAGCUAUAUUAGUGUUUCUUAUCAACUGCAUUGUGUUUGUGCUUAAGUACCGCCACAAGCGCAUCCCGCCUGAGGGCCAGGCCAACAUGGACCAUUCCCACCACUGGGUGUUCCUGGGAAAUGGCCAGCCGCUCAGGGCCCAGUGCGACCUGUCGCCACAGCAGGUGGAGAGUCCCAGCAAUCCUUUGGAGGGGGUACAGACUUGCUGCCAUGGGGACCACCACAGUAGUGGCAGUUCCCAAACCAGCGUCCAUAGCCAAGUCCACGGAAGGGGUGACGGCAGCUCCGGUGGUUCGACCAAGGAUAACGGCGAGGAGGCCAGCUCCCCCACCUCCAAACGCAAGAGGGUCAAGUUUACCACCUUUACAACCCUUCCAACAGAGGAGCUGCCCUACAACUCCAUCCCGAUCGCAGACGAAGAGGACAUUCAGUGGGUGUGCCAGGAUAUGGGCUUUAAAGACCCAGAAGAACUCCACGAUUAUAUGCGCAGAAUAAAAGAAAUAGCCUAAGAAAGGAGGUGCGUUGUGAAAGCACUGCUCUCCACUUUCUAAAGAGACAGUUCCUUUCUAUUUUUCUCUUUUUUCAAGCAAGAGUGAAAGAUAAUUUUUCGCAAACUUUGAGGCCAAUAUGUUGUUCUGGUUAGGGUUUGUUCCAUGUAGUUUGCACAGUGCUGUAAUCUCAUAUACCCUCACACAGAAGAGAAUGCAAGAAGCCAAAGACUCGACCAGAGGAUCUCAAUCACAAGAGAUGUCUGUGAAUCUUGGCUAUGGAAACAGGUUUCACUCGGAAGCUGAGCCAUGGAGACAUAAAAGAGCUGCUCUAGCUCCAGUUUUUCAGGAUAUGACUUUUACAAAUCCCUGAUAUGGACAGGAGUAUAUUUAGUGUUGGUGGUUGUGCUUCAGUGGCUCAGCGGGACCCUGCAGUACUGUACCUUCUCCAAACAAUGAGGCCUUUGAUGAACAAAUAACUUGUCAAAGACUCUAAUUAAAAACCAGUUUUAAAAAUUAUUUUGUUUUUUGCCAAAGUAGAAAAAUUAUUAUUUUAAUGGCAAAAACCGUUACUGUUGUCUGUGUAGCACAUUCAUGAUUUUUACUCAUCUUCAUUACUUACAUUUUCUACAUUUCGUAGGUAGACAAAAGCAGUGCCCUUCUACAACUCCUGACAAUUUCAAUGCCUUAUAAAAAUGGUCACGCUUCACAUAUAUCAGUGGAGACACCUUGUUUUCUCACUGUUAAGUUACAGCUUGGUAAAGCAUUGAAACACUAAAGCUGUUCUCCGGCCUGAGGAGUCGAGCUUUGCAUGAGAAGGUAACCUAAGCCACAAUCAGCAAUCCUUUUCCCAAAUUUGUAAAUGUUUAUAAUGUAAUUAAACGAUUAUUCAUACACAUUAAUAAACUAAAUAUGUUACUGUGCUAUACACGCAUGUCAUACCAGGCCUACAUACAUACAGACAUUCCUCUUUGUAUAUAAUUCUGUCAAACUAGAGUUGCCUAAAAUGUUGCAAUUUACUUUUUCAAGGUGGAAAAACAAGAAUCUGUUUAAACUCUUGGAAACUUUAUAGUCUUGUGGUGGGUUGAAAGCUGCCCCAAAUGUAUUGCUGUGCCAGAUGUAGAUUUUUUAAACUCUGGAAUCUCAUUUGACUGUUCAAUAUACGGAUUUGCUAUGCAUCCAUUCUAACAGAUCAAUAUUUAGAAAAUGCAAUUUCCAUUCUCCAAGCUUUGCAAGACUAGAGCUUCUGAGAAGGAAGGGAAUUUAGAAUACGCAAACUGAGCUGUGUUUGAAUUGUCCAAUUGUUCACUUUCAAGUAAGCCUUUCCUAAGGGCCCUAUCAGGCUACGUUCACACCGGACGCUAGCCUGACGUAGUCCUACUAAAUUCUAGUCAGAAUGAGUCUGAUGCUGCUCCAUAGAGCUGUGAUUAUGGGGCGUGUUUCGAACGAACCAGGAAAAAAAAUGC